CUCUCUCCUGCCGAGGCGGCUUCCCCCGCCCGCCCGAGCCCAUGGUCCUGGCCGGGGCCUGCUGCGCCGCCCGGGCGCGGUGACAUGCGCGCCCCCGCCCCAUGUCCAGCCUGCAGCGCCCCAUGGCGGCUCCGGCCCAGGCCCCGCCGGGCUCGCUGAGCGCCGAGCAGGCCAAAGUGGUCCUGGCCGAGGUCAUCAAGGCCUUCGGCUCCCCGGAGAAUGCCCAGCGCAUGGAGGAGGCCCGGGACAACGCCUGCAACGACAUGGGCAAGAUGCUGCAGUUCCUGCUGCCCGUGGCCACCCAGAUCCAGCAGGAUGUGAUCAAAGCCUAUGGCUUCAGCAAUGAUGGAGAAGGGGUCCUGAAAUUUGCCAGACUGAUAAAAUCUUAUGAGUCCCAGGACCCAGAGAUUGCAAACAUGUCUGGGAAGCUAAAAGCCAUGUUCCUGCCUCCAAUGACACUGCCCCCACAUGGGGCUGGGACAGGGGGUGUGGCUGCCUCCUGAAACUGGGACCUUCUGCUGGCCUUCCUGGUCAAGGUCAGUGUGUGAGAAUUUUUGGCUAGUUGUAUUCCAGGACUGCUCUCCACCAUUACCAUCAGUAUGCUGCAACUGGUCAGAAGAGCCACCUACUUCCUGGAAGCCCUGCAGCAACUGGCUUCUUUGUGCAUCUUUGGUUUUUGUGCUUGUGAAUAAAAGCUGCUUUGAAAAUGUC